UUCUCUCUCUAUCUUUCUUUCUCUAUCUCUCUCUGUGUCUGUCUGUUUGUCUGUAGCUUUAUCUGGUGUCUGUUCAUGCUUGCUGCUGUAACUAUUGUUGGGGUCUUGAGUUUUGGAAUCUGGGUGUUGUGAAUCCAUCUGUAGUUUGUAAGGUGAUUCCCUCUGGUUCUGAUAAUGGAUUCCCACCGCCCAUUCUCGCAGUCCUUUACAAACUCAUCCGUUGUUGCUGAGUCAGAAACGCCAAGGUCAGAAUUCUCUAACAGUUUCUCUUCCAGAAUGCGUGUCCAUCAGAAGGAACCAGUGGAUGAAAAUUCAGAUGGUUUCAUCGGCAUUCUCGAGAUUUUCAUACAUCAAGCUCGAGAUAUCCACAACAUCUGCAUUUAUCAUAAGCAAGAUGUUUAUGCCAAGCUUUGCCUCACAAGUGAUCCGGAAGUCACUGUCUCAACCCAAAUCGUCAAUGGGGGUGGGAAGAAUCCCGUCUUCAAUGAGAACCUUAGGCUCAAUGUCCGAACGAUUGAGUCAUCGCUCAAAUGCGAGGUAUGGAUGCUGAGUAGGGUGAAAAACUAUCUUGAAGAUCAGUUGCUUGGGUUUGCGUUGGUGCCUUUAUCCGAUGUGCUUGUCGGGAACGGGAAAUUGGUGCAAGAAUUCUCAUUGUCUUCGACUGAUCUUUUCCAUUCCCCAGCGGGUUUCGUCCAAUUGUCCCUUUCCUAUAACGGGUCUUCGCCAGAUGUCUUGGCUAUUUCUGCACCACAGUCUUCGGUGGGCCAGGACACUACCAUACUUGAUUCCGAAGCAGAGAACAGUUCACUCCCGAGCGAAUACACUAAGAUUGAGUUCCCAGAUUUGAAGAUGGUGAAUGAGAAUCAGCUCAUGGUCUCGGAGUAUUUUGAGAUUCAGUGUGCCAAUUUGGAUUCCCAAGGCUCUGAGAGCUUAGCCACUUCGGAUAAUGAUAAUCAGCUGAGUUCGGAAAUUGGAGUCCAUGCUGUGGAAAGCUUCUCGACAGGUAGUCUUGAUUCCGUUGAAGCUUUGAAAAGCGAUACUCCUCCGAGCAGUGUUUCUACAAAUGGAUCUCCGGCUGCUUCCAUUCCUGCAACUUCUCAAUCGGUCUCUGGUCCUUUGGGAGCUUCUAAAUCUCUGAAUGAAGACAAUGUUUCACCUCAGGAGGUAAAGAGCACGGAUGUUGCAGAGGGGGAGGCUGAUUCAUCUAGUGGGCCGCCAAACAACACGUUCGCUCAAUCCGUUCUCAAUAUGAAGGUGGAGCCGGAGCAAUCGGUUGUGCAGCAGGAGAUUAUCGAUAUGUACAUGAAAAGCAUGCAGCAAUUUACAGAAUCAUUGGCAAAAAUGAAGCUUCCAAUGGACAUUGAGAACGGCAAUACCAAUUCAGAGAAUGGAAAGUCGAGUUCUGAUCAGAAAUUACAGGCAUCGAAGGGCACUGGCUCGAGAGUGUUUUAUGGAAGUAGAGCUUUCUUCUGAACUUCUUUUGGCUAUUUUGGAGGGACAUAUACAGGUGACUCUAGAGUUAGCACUGAUAGUAUAGUAAGGGAGUGUUUUGUUUCGUGUCUUGAAUAACUUCAGAGGAUAGAGGCAACACGACUUGUACGUGUUACAAGCUUUGUGCUAUCAGAACUGUGAUAUGUAUGCGAUUAUCUUAUCUUUUUUAUCCUAUGUUUUGUUUUCAAUC